UAACGUAAUCCUAAACCGCCUCUCUCUCUCUCUCUCUCUCUCUCUCUCAUUAUCAUUUUGUCAGUAUUUUUAAUGUUCUUUAAUGUUCGAACGUGUUCGUGUUUAAUGAUCUGAUCUCGAAUAAAUUAUUUUUGCCGAAAUUCUCCAAUUAAUUUUUCAAGCAAAGAAACCCAAAUUUUUGUGUUAGAAAAUCUCUCUCUCUCUCUCUCUCUCUCUCUCUCUCUGGUUGGUGAUUGAGAUACAUAGAGAGAGCAAGAAGAAAUAGAAGAAUCAAGCAUAGAGUAGAAGAAGAAUCAAGCAUAGUGAACAAGGAACGGCAAUGGUAGAGACGGGGAGCCACCACCACAACCACAGCCACCAGCCACCGCCGCCUCAGGGGAGUCUGCCUUCAAUACUUGGAGCUGCGAAGGGCCCCGUUUACCCUCCCGCCGAGCAACUCCUCCAGCUCCAGUACUGCAUCCACUCCAACCCUUCAUGGCCACAUACAGUUCUACUGGGUUUCCAACACUAUAUCGUGAUGCUUGGUACCACAGUUUUGAUUGCCACUAUUCUCGUGCCUCAAAUGGGUGGGAGUCCUGGCGAUAAAGCCCGAGUGAUUCAAUCGUUGUUGUUUAUGUCGGGAUUGAAUACCCUUCUGCAAACCUGGUUCGGGACAAGACUCCCUACGGUGAUGGGUCCAUCAUUGGCAUAUCUAAUCCCUGUGUUGUCGAUUAUCAAAGAUUUAUCUAAUGACAGCUUCCCAUCAGAGCAUCAGAGGUUCCUUCACACUAUGAGAGCUAUUCAAGGAUCCUUGAUAGUGUCUUCCUUCAUUAAUAUCAUACUCGGUUAUGGUAGGGUAUGGGGAAAGUUUACAAGGUUCUUUAGUCCUGUUGUUAUUGUGCCAGUGGUAUGUCUGGUGGGUCUUGGUCUGUUUGGAAGGGGCUUCCCAGAGCUUGCCAAGUGCGUGGAGAUUGGUCUGCCCAUGCUAUUAUUACUGGUUGUCUCCCAGUAUUUGAAGCGCCUCCAUCCAAUUGGCCUUUUGGUACUUGAGCGGUAUGCUUUGCUUAUCUGCGUUGGGCUUAUCUGGGCUUUUGCAGCUAUUCUUACUGCAUCUAGUGCUUACAACCAUGUUAAGAAUGAGACUGCACAGAGUUGUCGUAUUGACCGUUCUUACCUUUUGUCAUCUGCACCAUGGAUCAAAUUUACGUACCCUUUCCAGUGGGGUACUCCAAUAUUCAGAGCAAGCCAUGUCUUCGGGAUGAUGGGGGCUGCACUGGUUUCGACUGCGGAGUCCACUGGAACAUUCUAUGCUGCAGCACGGCUUGCAGGUGCUACAUUACCGCCAUCUCAUGUUCUUACCCGAAGCAUUGGUCUGCAGGGUAUUGGCCAGCUGCUUGAAGGGAUAUUUGGUUCUCUUGUUGGUACCACUGCUUCUGUUGAAAAUGUAGGACUUCUCGGACUGACUCAUGUUGGGAGCAGAAGAGCAGUGCAGCUAUCCACUGCUUUCAUGAUCUUCUUCUCCAUAUUUGGAAAGUUUGGGGCCUUCUUUGCAUCAAUACCUUUGCCAAUAUUUGCUGCCAUAUACUGCAUCUUGUAUGGUAUUGUUGCUGCUAUUGGGAUUUCGUUCAUUCAAUUUGCAAACAACAACUCCAUGCGAAAUAUUUAUGUUCUGGGCCUUUCUCUGUUCCUUGGAAUAUCAAUACCGCAAUAUUUUGUCUCUCACACUGAUUUGUCGUCUGUCCCUGUCCAUGGGCCUGUUAAAACCAAUGCUGGAUGGUUCAAUGACAUAUUGAAUACAUUUUUCUCUUCGCCUCCGACUGUGGCAAUGAUCGUUGGGACGACACUGGAUAACACAUUUGAAGCACACAGCCGAGAGGAAAGAGGGAUUCCGUGGUGGGCACCCUUCCAGUCGAGGAGGGGUGAUAGCAGAACCGAGGAGUUUUAUAAUUACCCUCUUAGGAUAAAUGAGUUAAUCCCUUCCAGGUUUCGCUAAAAUACUCUGCAGACACUUGUAUAUUACUUAUGUAUAAGUUUAGUGUUUUAUUAGACAGUCACCUCAUUUAAAUCAACUUUUUGUUUUAAAUCAUGUACUUGUAAUUUUGUGGAUAUGAAGUUUGAACUGAGUUAACAGAAAGCUUAUGUUGGCUUCACAAGGUUAUAGAGUUAAUGAUAGGAUUUAGCUUUUGUCAAGUUAUCAUAUCAAUUUGAGAGAGCUUGGCUUAGUAGGCUUAUUUUAGAAUUGAUGUUGGUGGUUUGAAUAGUUUA